UUUUUGUCUCCACAAAGAGCUCAGCGCUGAAUGAAGUGAAUCAGCCUCAGACUGCUAGAAUAGUAAGAACGUUUUCUCCCUGUCUGUCUGUCUCUCUCUCUCUCUGUGUGUGUCUCUACAGUCCCAUCUCUCCUUCCCUCUCUCCAUUUCUCCUCUUUUCUCUCUCUCUCUCUCUCACACACACACACACAGACAAACGGCAGUAUACUCCAUCCGUCCAUCCACUGCACAGCCCGGUGAGGGAUCAGCUGGACAGGGAAAAGCAAUAGAUCAUGUUCUCUGAAGCAGAUCCAGCACAGCUCUGAGACAUCAGCCUCUGAGAUGAGACUCCAUCCAUCCUAAUUCUCUGUCUUCUAGAUCUGGACAGAAACAACACAAAAUAAGGACUUUAGAGACACCAGAAACUCUGGACAUCACAUUUGGACAGGAUUCUUGAACCCAAACCAGGUCCACAGGGACUUACGUGGGUGCUUUACCGUUUGUUUUUCUAUCUUGUACGGGGCUGGCGAAGGGGCCGGUGAAAGUUAGCCAAGACGCCGCGUGCCGUGCUCCGCGUGAAGAAUGCCCAGGCACGCCUGCCCAAGCCGGCGGACACAACGCCGGCACCAACGCCGGGCCUUUACAUGGAGCGCUCACAGAGUCGCAUUAGUUUGUCUGCGUCCUUUGAGGCCCUGGCCAUCUACUUCCCCUGCAUGAACUCCUUCGAUGAGGACGAUGGCGACCCAGAGGGCCGCAGGUUAAAGGGCAUCCAGAGGAGUACAGAGACAGGGCUGGCCGUAGAGAUGCCCAGCCGUACGGUCCGGCAGGCGAGCCACGAGUCCAUCGAGGACAGUAUGAACAGCUAUGGCUCGGAGGGAAAUCUGAACUACAGUGGAAUGUGUUUGGCAUCAGACGCCCAGUUUAGUGACUUUCUGGAUGGGAUGGGACCUGCUCAGUUUGUGGGCAGACAGACACUAGCUACAACUUCAAUGGGAGAUGUUGAGAUCGGUCUGAUGGAGAGGAACGGACAGCUGGAGGUGGAGAUCAUUCAGGCUCGAGGACUCAUCAUGAAGCCCGGAUCUAAGGGCCCUCCAGCGGCCUACAUUAAAGUCUACCUUCUGGAAAAUGGCAUCUGCAUUGCCAAGAAGAAGACAAAGUCUGUCCGGAAAUCAUUAGAUCCCCUUUACAACCAAGUCCUUGUUUUUUCAGAGAGCCCGCAGGGAAAGGUUGUACAGGUCAUCGUUUGGGGAAACUACGGCCGGAUGGAUCGUAAAUGCUUCAUGGGCGUGGCCCGCAUCCUAUUGGAGGAGCUGGAUUUGACAAACAUGGUGAUUGGCUGGUACAAGCUUUUCCCCACCUCCUCUAUGGUGGACCCCACGAUGACGCCGCUGAUCCGCCACUGCUCACAGCUGUCUCUGGAGAGCACCGUCGGGCCGUGCUGCGAACGCUCAUAAGACUAACAACUCAUCUAGAUUUCUUUUUCUCUGGAAGGGCUCUCACAGCCCCCCGAUCCUAAGAGUGCUGGCUGUGCAUGAAUGUGGCACAGGCACCUUCUGGAAUGUUCUAGAAUUUCUUCCGAACAAAUGAGCUUUCUGGAAUAUUCCAGAAUUGACCACAGAGGGAAUGCUCAAAAAAAAAAAGACUUCAGGACUGGCAGAGAAUGCAGACCAGAUGUCUGGGCUUUAUUUUAGCUUUCAACACAUUAGCUUGUGAUGGUCUGUGUGAGGAAACGUCCUCCAUUUAGAACUAAACGCAGGUAAACGUUUGUGCAACGGAUGGGUUCGUGCAAUAUGAUACAUAAUAGAGAGAAGAAUGUAAUGGUAAUAAAAGUGUGGGUUUGCAUUCAUCUUCUUGUGUAAUUAAUAAUACAGGAAUAGUUAUACGUCUUAAAAAUAUGUGUAGUUUGGAAAGAGUCGAUGUUUGUAGUUCAUGAUUUCGUUGGCACACGGAUCUUUUUCUGUUCGUGACUCUUCCGUUUCGUCUUUCUCAUUACUGAACAGUGCCAAUGCUGCCAGCGAGUGGCUUUAUUUGUGGCUAGUGUCUAUAUUCGGUGACUACAGGCUUUAUGAAUCAAUAAUCGACGCAGACACAUAUUUAAAAAGACUAUCUUUUCGCAAACGGUGACAUGUCAUUGUACGUUUUCCCCCACUAACAGUAUAUGGAAAAAUGAAAAUGGAUGCAAUAUGCUGAAGAAACAUAGUGAUUAUGAAAUAAAUGUGAGUAGAUGAUAUACUUACAGUUAUAAUUAUGAUAGAUAUGAGAUUUUUAAUGGCUGAAACCAAUAUCUAAAGAGAAGAGUGAUAUAAACAGACAUAAUAUAUACAUACAGUAUAUAAUAACAUUUUAUGAUAACAUGUACAUAAAAUUAAUUAAUUAAAAUCUAAAAAGGUGAGCAAUCCAUUAUUUUUUAAAUGAAAAGGAAGGUCUAAUGACCACUUCUGUAAAUCAAAAAAAGAAAAAAGAAUAAAAAAAGAUCAAAUAUCGGUCAAAUUAAUUACCAAGGCCAAUAUUUAAGAGUAUAUUACUAAUUAUUAAAAGAUAAUUUAGUUUUGCACUUUAUAAUCUUAAAUGUCUUUCUUGUAAGCAACUGCUAGUUUGGCAUAAGCCAAAGUUCACUUUCUUCUUUACAUUAUGAUAUUAUUUCUGACUUCGGGAUGCAGAACCUUUAGUAGCAAUGAUAAGGUUGUAGCAUUAGAUAGUAGCAUAUGCAUGAAAGGCAUCUUAGUUUGCCACCAUCUAAUGAGAUUUUGCAUGAAAUCGAUUGAUACGAGAUUAUCGAGCAUUUUCGCUGGCAGUCGAGCAAACAUGUAGCAGCGGACGAUCAAACGAAAAUGCUGUUACAUCGCACUGAGAUGUGCUGUGUGUCGUCCUGAGCGUCGGGGAGUAAUAAAUACUGAUACAAAUGUUUUCAUAUGUCCUGAAAUGAUGAAAAGCAAAGCAUUUCUACACACCAGAACAGAAAGGGAAGAAACAGCAUUCUGCAUAGCCAAGAAUUUCUACGUCCAGCAUCAAAAUACGACUAUUUGUGAAGAAAACACACUAUUUACCAUACAGUAGACAAAAGGAUUUUUUAAAGACUCCUUCCUCUCCGAGAAGCUCAGGAGUGACGAUUUCAAUUAAUACUGAAAAAUGUACCUCAAACACCCUCAACACACUCAUGUUGUGAAGGCCAUAUAAAGCACUGCCACAUUCCUUUUAAAGGUUUUAAUGUUCAUUGUCUUAAAAAGCAAUAACUAAAUGAAUUUUUGGUCACUUUAUUUGUUACAGGGAGUAAAGCCAGAUUGUCUCUGCAUUACAUUAGAAACUUCUGCAUCCAUGUAGCAAUGUAGUAGAUCCAUGGUUUUAGACGAAGCGCCGAAUGUCUGAGAUCCUCAUGAAAUUAGUGCCAUUACAAAGAUGUGUUGAUGAUUUAGAAAAACCUUUUGGGGUAAUAUAUUACUUAGCAUUGUAUAUUAAUAUAGACAAUAUAUAUUAAUAUACAUCAAUUUAAUACAGCACCAUUGCAUUGUUCAUAGACUUGCUGUCUGAAAAACUACAUAUGAACUAAAAAAAAAACGUUUUUUUGGGCUGUUUAUUGUAAAUAGACGCCUUGGAUUUAGUGGGAGGAAAAAUAAUACAUUUUCAAGGUCUGAUCUGACUUGUCAAUACUGACAUUUGGGUUUUUUAUGCUGUAAGCAACACAAUUCUCCUGUUUCUAUCAGCAUGAUGUUAUUGCUGAUAUUUUAAAAUCUGGAUUGGAUAUAUAAUUACUUUUAAACACCAAAUGCACUCCAGAUGUUAUAAAAGAAUGUGAUUUAUAUGUGAUUUAAAAUGAAAUAUCUCCUUUCCACAGUAGUUUUUGUAAAGCCUUAACUUGUAAUCCAGAGGUCUUAACGUUUACGAUACGCCGGAGAAACGAGCACGGAAGAAUGUCAUUCUGCUUUUAUUUCUAUUCAUUUUCUGUCUUUCUGUUUCUUUUUGUAUUUACUUUAAUCUGGUAAAUAGUCAUGGCCUUUUCGCGUUUUUCACCACACACAAUUUUGUAACUAAAUAACCAUCUACCAUAUCAACUGUACUUUGGGCAAAAUGAUCAACAUAUUCCUAAAAAUUGGAUGCUGUGAUAUUUUUCUUUGUGGAGAUAAUUGUUUAAAUCCUUAUUGCUAUAUGUCAAUUUGAAUUCGUAAAAUAAUGUCACUGUUUAUUAAUGCACAAAUGAGUGUAUUGUUACUCUGUUGAAAAUGGUUAUACAGAAUAAAAUAGCUCACUCUGAUUUACAAAA